ACUCUGCAAGGAUGAAGUUGAAGGUGAUGGGGAGAUUGAGGGUGAUGGGGCUGACCAUGAAUCCGAAGAUGAACCUUGUUCAGACGCCAUCUUGCGAGAUUUCAAUUACAGGUUGAAAUGCAUCCUGAUGGAGAGGGAGCGGGGUUUGACUGUCAAGCAAGCUGUGGCUUCGUUUGAGCCAAGCACCCUCUACGGGAACCGUGUGGGGUUUCAGGACAUCCUUCUGGUGACCAGCUCCAAAGGAAACAACAUUUUCCACAAAAGCAAGUUGUGGAAAACAGCUUUGGUGACUGACAUCAGCAUGUUGCCCCGGCAGCAAAUGCUGAAGCCUCCAAGACCAGACAACCGCUAUGGAGUGGACACCCGCUUCACAAAGGUUCAGGAGAUGAAGCAGGCUUCAUUUGUGUCUGGCCUGAUCGCUAACAAGCUCUUUGCCAUGUGCCGCAGUGCCGAGUACACCAUCCCCGGGUUCCCUGACUUCCAAGCAGCCAUCAAGGACUUGAAGAAGUCCACAUCUCAGGAUUCUUUUGAACUGUGGAACAUUUUCAUUGGCGUGGUGCACGGACAGCCUGUGGCUGGUCAGUGGCUCGAAGGUCACAGUUGA